AUGGAGACUAUCAUGUCCCUCGUCUCUCCGCGCAAGCAGCCGUCCGUGGAGCCGCCCAAGCCGCUCCGGUCGAAGAUGUACUCGCCAAAAGACCAGCUCAAGACCAAACGCGCGCUGGGCCGCAUAUCCAACACGGCAUCGCGUAGUACGCGCACCAGGACAAGCAGCGUUUCUUCCAUCACUACAGCACACGACACGACGGCCGAUAUCACCCAAGGCGAAACUUCCGCACUCAAUAUCCACCAGACCAACCCUUCAAUUCCCACCAUGCCCUCUCCUGCUACUCAGACAUCGCCCGCUACGCGACCUGCACGAGCUUCUCCGGCUCUUCGAGUUCGCAGAAUUUCGUCAGGUUCCCGAGUCGCCAAGCGCACAAGCGGAAAGACGGGCACCCCUCGCGGCAACCAUGGCCGGAAGCGCCCUACUCGCCCCCCUGCGAAGGUGGAAGAAGCCAAAGACGUCGGUAUUGCCGAUCCUCGAGCUUCCCCGGAGCUUGGGGACGAUAGGAGCGCCAUCGAACCCGACAACGGAGAACACGCCUUCAACAGCAUCAUCGCCUAUAGAUGGAACGGCACUGCCUUCGAACUCCGCAUCGACUGGGAGGUCGGCCCUAAGACCUGGGAGCCUGAAGUCACCCUGCACCAAGACGCCCCGGACGCGCUGUUCGCCUACUGGCGCGCUAAAGGCGGACGCCCUGACAAUCCGCUAGACGUCGACAUGUACGAUGUCUACGCCAUCCGCAAACUCUCCAAGAACAAACGCAAGGUCCUUGUUGAGUGGGUUGGCUACGAGGAGAAGGAUAUGACUUGGGAAGACCGCAAGGAGAUCGAGAAGACGGCCAAGGCGAAGGUCGAUGAGUUCCUCGCAAGUCAGAAGAAGAAGAAGAAGAAGAAAUGA